AUGAUGGGACACAAUGAUGCAUUUACCUUUCUUAUUGACAAAGGUGCGGAUGUAAAUUUACAAGACCAUCGAGGUUAUACAGCUCUACAUCAUGCUGUUGAAAGCAAGAACUUUGAUGCUGUAAGUUGUUUAGUUCAUAACGGGGCUGAUGUUAAUCUCUUUACAUCAAUGUAUAAACAUACACCUUUGAUGUUGGCCUGUCAAUCUCAUAUUCAUGACAUGGAUGCCAUAAAUUUUCUACUAAACAAAGGGGCUAAUGUGAACCUUCAAGACAGAGACGGGAAAUCAGCUUUGCACUUUGCUUCUUCAGACAUUUGUUAUUGGUUGAUUCAAAAUCUAGCUGAUGUUAACAUGUGUGACAAUCAUAAUUGUACCCCACUGAUGCUAGCUAGCAGGAACAGUGAUUUCAAAAAGGUGGCCAUGCUUAUUGAGAAUGGAGCAAAAGUGGAUCUUCAAGAUAUGGAUGGUAAUACUGCUCUGCACCAUGUUGUGCUUAACUCAUAUCAUUCACAUGAGUACACACCUGAAAUUUGUUGUGCACUUUUGACUGCUAAGGCAUUUAUCCAUUUGUGUAAUAGUCAGGGAUGGACACCUCUUCUUCUAGCGAGUGAAAACUGCAUUAAAUCAGCGGUAGAGAUUUUAAUAAAGCAUCCAGAAGUAACAAAAGAGCAAAGAGCGAAUGCUCUAGAACUACUUGGAGCCUCUCUCUGUUUGAAGAGACCCUUUGCUUAUAUCGAGGAAGGAUUCAGCUACAUCAAGCUUGGCAUGAAAGAAAGGUUUGCUGAUGCUUCCCAUCCUUUGCUAAAACAGCAAGUGGAACCUGCUGAAGCUUAUCAGAACAGAAAAGAGAGUCAAACUCUUGAGGAACUUGCUGAGAUAGAAGGUGACGAGGAUUCUAUAAUCAUGGAAAGCCUUGUUAUUAGAGAGAGAAUCUUUGGAGCAAACAACAAAGAACUACUCAAACCGAUUGAGCAUGUUGCUGAACACUUUUACAGUAAGGACCCUGGUCAUUUUAAAAGACUAAGUAUACCACUGUACAGAUAUGCAACAAAAAUCGCCCAAGGGUGUAUUGAAGAAUGUUUUGAAUCUGCAGUGUCAUGUUUAUGGCAGUUAACACAUGUAUUGUAUGAAUGCAAACAAUAUUCUGAUAGAGAGCUUUUGCUAGAAUUGCUUGAGCUAACAGUUUUUUUGUGUGAGAAUUGGCCCAACGACGAUGGAUGUUACAAGUCUGUCUGGCAUAUGGCAUAUAUGUGGUAUGAUGAUCAAGAAGUGUCAUUGUUUGAUUCUGUGGAGGUGGUGAUACAUAUGAUUACCAAGAAUCUCCAAAAUGGUGAAGAAGAUGAAACAUUCUCGAACGUCUUAGUUUUGCUAAGAAAACUUUUGCGCCAUAAUCCUAGACGUAUGUAUAAUGGCACACUGCUUCAUGCUAGAACUCAUUCAACUGAGUAUAUCAUUACUGAUAUUUUUCCAAGUGCUGAUACAGUGAAAUUGCUUUUGAAAGCAGGAUUCAAUGUACAUGCCAUUGACGAGGAUGGAGACACCCCACUUCACAGAGCUGCUGGUUUAGAACCUGGCGAUAACUUGAUUCAUCUUCUUACUGAAAUUAUGACGGCUUUGCUUGAUGGAGGUGCUCAUCAUGAUUUUGUCAACAAUGAUGGUAAAACACCCAUGGACAUGGCUAAAACUGAUGAAGCUUGCAAGCUUCUUUCUGAAGAGAAGAAUAAACUGGAGUUAAAGUGUAUCAGUGCCAGAGCUGUUAAAAAGUUUGGAAUUCCUUAUUUGGGGGAGGUACCCAAAAUACUGGAGAAAUACAUUAGCAUGCAUUAA